UCCGGUUUUAGCCGACUACGGGAGCCUGGCUGUUGGAAUGAGCUCAGAAACAAAGUGGGCUCUGAGUUGCGUCUCAGUGUCAGAGUGAGACCUCUGUCCUCUCUACCCAUCUUCGCCGCUGCUAGCCUGCUAGCUAGCAGCUCUCCGGGAACAUGGCGGCGUCGCAGGCUCUGUCCGAGGAGGAGUUCCACCGGAUGCAGGCUCAGCUGCUGGAGCUGCGGACUCAGAACUACCAGCUGUCUGAUGACCUCAGGAAGAACUCUGCAGAGCUGAACGCUGUCCGCCUGAAGCUCAGCGUUCUGGAGAGAGACCUAGUCAAAGCUCAGAAGGCUUUAAACAAGAGUAAAAAGGCUCAGGAGGUGGAGGCUCUGCUGAGUGAGAACGAGAUGCUGCAGGGGAAGCUGCACAGCCAGGAGGACGACUUCCGGCUGCAGAACAGCACGCUGAUGGCCGAGCUGUCCAAGCUCUGCACGCAGAUCGAGCAGCUGGAGACGGAGAACCGGCGCCUGCAGGAAGGGGGCGGAGCCUCUGGGCCCCCUGCUGACUCCGCACACGGCCCCGCGGACGGAGAGCUGCUGCGGCUGCAGGCCGAAAACGCCGCGCUGCACAAGAAGCUAAGGGCUCUCCAAGAGCGUUUCGAUGGGGAGCUGCAGAGGCCGCCUGUUGCCCACGGCGACCAGAGCAUUGCCACGGAGACAGAUGGGCCAGCUGGCACCAACGGAGUCUCUGAUGUGGCAGGGGGCGGGGCGGGGGCGGGGCCAGAGGGAACCAAUCAGAGAGAGGAACAGACUGAGAGCGGCCUGCAGCAGUCAGAGCAGCAGCGUCACGAGCUGCAGAUGGAGAUGGAGCUGAACACACAGACAGAGGAGAAGAGGCUGCUGAGGGAGCAGCUGCUGGCCCUGGAGGCGUCCCGGUUGGCUGACGUCUCCAGGCUGCAGGAUGACAUCAUCAAGCUGACGGACAAGAUCAAGAAGAAGCAGGAGAGCUUCCAGCGCCUGCAGACGGAGAAGGAGGGUCUGUACAACGACAGCAGGACGAAGAUCGACGAGAUCAACCAGAGGAGAGAAGAAGAAGUGAAGGCGGCCAACCUGCGGCUGCAGAAGCUGCAGUCAGACCUGACAGCAGCCAAUCAGGUGGCAGUGGAGCUGAAGGAGCAGCUGGAGAGCAAAGAGACGCAGCACCAGGCGGCUCUGCAGGCCCUGAAGGACCAGGCGGCCAAUCAGAGCGCACUCAGUCAGGAGCAGGUGGACGGCGUCUUGCAGGAGAACGAAGCUCUGAGGACGAACCUGGCCGCUCUGGAACAGAUCCAGACUUCCAAGACGCAGGAGCUGAACCUGCUGAGGGAGCAGCAGGAGGCGCUGGCGGUGGAGCUGCAGCAGAGGAGGGCGGAGCAGGAGGGCCUGCUGGCCCAGAGGGACGACCUCAGCUCCCAGCUGCAGGAGUCCAGCUUCGCCAACAGGAAGCUGCUGGAGCAGCUGACGGAGGAGACGCAGGAGAAGGAGCAGCUGCUGGCGGAGCUGGAGGAGGCCAGGAAGACGGCGGAGAAGCGGAAGACCAUGUUGGACGAUAUGGCGUCUCAGCUGAACCAGGUGAAGUCUGACCAUAAGGAGGCGCUGUCUGACCUCAGGCUGCUGCAUGAGAAGGAGGUCCUCGGCGUGAGAGCUCGCUAUGAGAAGGAACUGCGGGUUCUCCAUGAGGAGAAGAACCGCUCCGAGGAGGAGAUCCGGCAACAGCUCAAGGAGGAGAAGGGCCGGACCAGAGAGCUGCAGGGCCUGCAGCAGCAGCUGGAGGACCUGCAGCAGCAGCUCCAGGCCAUGGAGGGAACCAGGGGCUGGUUCGAGAGGCGGCUGAAGGAGGCCGAGGAGAACCUGGAGAUGAAUGGCAAGCGGCACCGGCAGGAAGUCCAGACGCUGCAGGAGGAACACGGCCAGCAGCUGCAGGAGAAACGAGCUGAGAUGGAGGGAUGGAAGCAGCGGCUGGUGGAGGUGGAGAAAGAGAGAGAUGAAGACAGAGAGACGAUCAGGAAGCUCAGACAGGAGCUGAAGGACACGGUGGACGGCCAGCGGAUCCUGGAGAAGAAGGGCAGCUCUGCGCUGAAGGACCUGAAGCGGCAGCUGCAGCUGGAGAGGAGGCGGGCCGACAAGCUGCAGGAGCGGCUGCAGGACAUCCUGACCAACAGCAGGACCAGGACAGGUCUGGAGGAGCUGGUCCUGUCUGAGAUCAGCAGUCCCAGCCGGACUCAGCAGACCGGAGACUCGUCCUCCGUGUCCUCGUUCUCCUACAGAGACGUGAUGAAGGAGGCGCAGCCGGCCAACCAGAACAGGUCCGGCGCCGGCAGCCCGCAGUCACAGCGACCCGCCGAGCUUUCUGAUGACGAGGUCGGGGAACUGUUCCAGCGGCUGGCCGAGGUCCAACAGGAGAAAUGGAUGCUGGAGGAGAAGGUGAAGCACCUGGAGGUGAGCUGCUCGUCGAUGGCCGAGGACAUCUGCAGGAAGAGCGCAAUCAUCGAGACCUAUGUGAUGGACAGCCGCAGAGACGUGUCGGGCGGCGCAUUGGCAGCACACGGAGGCUCCCAGGGAGACAGAGGAGGUUUGGGCUCGGUGCUCAGAGAUCUGGUGAAACCCGGAGACGAGAACCUGAGGGAGAUGAACAAGAAGCUGCAGAACAUGCUGGAGGAGCAGCUGACCAAGAAUAUGCACUUGCAGAAGGACCUGGAACUACUGUCCCAGGAAUUAGUCCGGCUCAGUAAAGAGGGCGGUCCGGGUGUUAGCGGCACCGCCGGUUCUGGAUGAGACUAUAAUGUGGAUCCAUCCUGCUUGCUUCCUUCCUCCUCACUCGCUGCAUUCACAACCUGCUGGGGUCUGUCUACUUUCUGGAGCCGGUGUGGGCUCUGGUCUGGUUCGUGUCCAUCUGGACCAGAAGGUCUCGGGGACGGAGGACGAGGAGCUCUGAAGACACUUGGUCUCAUUUCAUUUGUUGAAUGUACUGUGAUUAGACUGCACCGCUCACCUCUCUGGGCCCUGGCUAUGACCUGGAGAACUCUGUGUUUAUCUUACAGCAUGCUGACCCCUGACCUCAUCAGUUCUUGUCUGGGACCUGACUAAGACCUGGACUCUGUCUGAAACAGUCACCAUGACAACUGAGCACAGACUGACAGCCAAUCAGUGAGCUCGCUUUCUGGUUGCUAUGGUUACCGUUUUGGUUUCGCUCACCUGGAAACACGACACUGAACUUUACUACAAAAUGUUCUGAAGACGGAACCAAAGAUUCUAUCGGAUCUGCCCGUCACUACAGACGAACUGGACCGCUUUCUGCCACCAGGUGGCACCAGAACCUUCAGGCAGCAGCUCGCGUUGACCUAUAGCAGGAGGUCUGACUGGGUCUGGUUCUGAAAGGCUUGUCUGCUACAAUAAACAGAACCAUACAGUCCGGAUGUUCCUGACCGGGUCACAAAGUAUUUGAGUUAAGGCCUGGACGUGUUCCAGAAUGAGACCAGAUUCUGCAGAAGGAAAACAGAAACAUCCAACUGGUUCUGACCCAAACCAGUUGACUGUGAACCUAUUCUAGUCCAGGCAUGUUUUGGGUUCUGUUAAACCGGAACCGGUUCUGUCCUGAAUAGAUCGAUUCCUAUGUUAUACCUUCAGAACCGGCCUGAUGAGCCUGUUGGUGGAAAACAAAAGGUUCUGUUGACUUUCACACAGAACCAGCUGAUGUUCUGGCCCAGAGUAGAACGGACCAGCAGGUUGGGGUUCUGCUGUCUGCUAAGUUCUGUAGCGCCUCUGAUGCAGAACCGGACCCGCAGACAAUUAAUGACUAACACUCCAAGGGUUAGACUACUUCCUGGAUUCCCUCCAGGACAGAACCAAAGUUCUGCAGCCGGUUCUGGUUUUGGCUCUCUUCUGGGCUGUGUCUACUUCCUGGAUUACCUAGAAACAUUUUCUCUGCUGUUCUACAUGCGGGGUCCAGAUCAGUCUAUUUCCUGCAGAAUUCACGUUUCCAUUACGAGUUUGAACUUAUGACUUACUGACCACUGGGCUCUGACUACAUGCUGACGUCUCGGCCCGUUUUGGGUGGAACCGGCUCCGUUUUCUGUGCAGCUUCUGGAAGUUUGAGUUUUAUCAUCUGAAACAUCUAAUCUGAACAGGUUUUGUGUGCUGUUUGGAUCAGAACCAUGUUUGUACUGUCUGGUUCUGUAAAUAAUCGCUGUGAUUUAAAGAAUAAACUAUUUAUGUCUGAUCAUCAUGACGCUAAUUACUGUAUCCAUGAAGAGAAAUAAAGUCCUCUGGACCAGC